GGUGUGUGUUGAUGGGCACGCGGAGCACGGCGCAGCAGCACAGCAACAUGCCGCUGAAGCGGAGGAGAAACGCGGGGCCUGCCCACAGUAAGGAGCAGCUGGGCCGGGAGAUGCGCCAGAGCAGGCUGGCUCUCUUCAUCCAGCAGUUUGAGAAAGAAGCACAAGAGCGCAUGAACGAGCUCGAGGCCAAAAUGGAGAACAUGUUAGCAACUGUGGACAAAGUCUUCAAGGUGGAGCUGAUGAAGAUGCCCCCGUCUCUUCAAAGCACUCUCAUAGGGCAUUUAAUGAGCGAGGAGGAAAGCUCAGCCAGUGACGUCUCAAUUGCCAUGAAGAAUGAGUCGCUUGAGAUGCGCCAGCCCCUCAGGAGGGUGCGCAGUAAAAGAGUGAAAUCAACUGAUUCCGCAGCGGGUCAGUCCACCCCACCCCAGACCUCCUCCUCCAAGACCUCAAAGGGAGGAAAGGGGACAAAAAGGACCAGAACAUUAGUUGGUAGUAACAGCACUGGAAAUAUCAGGGGCUCCUGCGUCACGUCCAAAAGAAUCCAAAGCCGCUCGGCAAAGACCAACGACCACACUGGACCGACCAAAUCUAAACUCAGGUCUGUGGUCUCUACCGGUAACCUGCACUGCUCAAUGGCAGGCUCUGCUGCACACGUCACUGUGACCACAGCACAGGGGCAGACUGUCAGCUUCUCUGAAGAGAACAAGGAUCAAAUUAAUUUCGACCUGCUGGAUGACGUGGCAUGGUACCAGGUACACACGCUCACGAGUCUGAUGGAGUGUGUGUCAAGGCACUGCCAGCGAUGAGUAAAGAUCCACUCACUCUUUCACCAUCAGCUCCAUCUGCAUCCAUCUGCUCCUUUUGUCUCUGCGCUUUUUCAUGAGGAUGCCUCAGCAAAAGUCACUAUUGACUGUGCCUUCCUCACUUCCCCUCAUUUUUUCUUUUUUUCCUCACCACUGUGUACUCUUUCAGUACACGCUCCUUUAAGAAGGUGAUCUGAAGAACUUGGAUUUGAUGAUAUUUGAAGCAUUUUUAUG